AUGUCCAACAUGCUUGGCCCGUUCGCAGUAGUUCAGAGCCCAGACGCGCAGCCCAGGUGUCCUUUGUGCGGCCCGUCGCCAGUGAAGCCCAGCCGCAUGAAGAAGCCCAGUAGACGUGCGCAGCCCAAUUCAACACGCCAGCCCAAUACGCGGCGAAGCCCAGCAGGAGUGGAUGAAGAGGUGCGGGCCGUCCCAGCCCACGAGAACCCACGUCCCUCAGCAGCUUCGUUCCGUGCACAGUCCGCGAGAGCCCGCGCGCGGCCCAGCUCCUUCCAGCCUGUUCCACAGCCCAACCGAGCGCGACCGUGGCCCAAUUUGCUCCAACGCAGCCCAAUUGGUGUAUCCGCGCCCCAGCGCGCCUCAACUCAGCCCAGCACGUCUUCUAGCAGCCCAAACGCGUCCAUCUUGAGCCCAACAAGCAGCAGGUGGUCCAGCAGCAUGGCAGCAAGUUCCAAACCGGUUCAACUCGGUCUAGAAGCCCCGGUUCAUGUCCAAGACGCCAGUCGUCGGGCCACCGAAAUCAGUCGUUGUUGUGCGCCUUUGGUCGCGCGCACUGGGUUUCUCAAAAUCCUCGGCCACACUGCCUCUAGCCCCUAUUCAUUGCCGAAAAAUGCUCCCAUGCACUGCUACUUGCGUGGCCAGCGGUCCGCCACACUACCGGCGUGCUAG